AUGUCGGUGAUUAGGAAGAACCGAAUCGUCCAAGUCACUAAUGUGUCGCCGUCUGCGACGUCCGAACAGUUACGCACAUUGUUCGGUCAUGUUGGGGUGUUGGAGGAAGUCGUAGUUUAUCCAUCAGAUGAUAAAGAGGAGUUGGCUAGCAAGGUUUGCUAUAUACGCUACCAAGAACCCAUUAAUGCCGAGGUUGCGCUGCAUCUGAACAAUACCGUCUUCCUUGAUAGGGCGCUGAUAGUUCUCCCACUCUCGGGUGACCGCGAUGUUAUUCCUGAUGAAAAGUAUGCCAACCUUGUUCGAGCACCCCCGAACACCGCUGCUGGCGUUCUCCCACGCACUGCUGACUGGCCUCUUGAUGUUAUUAGCAUGGUGGUUGGUCGUCCUGGUGAACAGGUGAUACAUACCAUGGAGCCUCGUCUUUCCAGUUUGGCAUUCCCCCUGUAUCCUCCUCUUCCUGCCACUACUGACGGCAGCCGCAUUGAAGAAAUUCGAAGAACAAUCUUGGUUACGAAUCUUGACCCAAAGACCACAGGUGACCAGGUACUAGAGUUCUUCAACAAACAUGCUGAAGUACGCUGUGUACGAAUGGCGGGGACUGACUUUGAUCGAGCUGCUUAUGUGGAGUUUACUCAACAGCCGUCUAUUAUAAAGGCUUUUGGCCUAAUGGGAGCCACGUUAAACGGCCGUCAGAUAAUGGUACAACACUCCAACUGUGCGAUCAUUAAACCUGCUAACAAUGUUGCAAUGCUUGAUGAGACAUCAAAACGCUCGGCCACAAACGAGCAGACUUCAAGUGUUGGUGGCCAUAGUAGUAAGCACAGUGAUCGCAGGCGCUCACGUUCCCGAUCCCGAGCUCGACGUUCACGAUCCAGACGCAGAUCAACCUCACGAAGAUAUCGUAGUCGGUCUAGAGAUAGAAGACGUUCCCAUUCUCGUCACAGUCGAGAUAGAAGACGGUCUCCAACACAGUCUCGUUCCAGAUCUCGUGGGCAUCGUCAUCGCACACGUUCGCGAAGCAAAGACUAUCGGAGAGGUGAUCAUGCCAGGUCGAGAUCUCACAAUCGCAAGAAGUAUCGACGUUCUCGUUCACACUCCAGUCGUCGAUAUUCACGCAGUCGAUCUAAAGGUCACCGAGGCGACCGUCGUGACAGACCAAACAGAAACAUUCGUGAGAGGGAUCGGACACGAGAUCGUGAAAGGGAUCGCGAAAAAAUACGCGAAAGAGAUCGGGAAAAAGAACGUGAGAGAAACCGAGGGCCUGACCGCAGAGACCGUGACAAAUAUCGUCACAGCGAAAGGGAUUCCGAUGACAGACGAGAGUCCAAACCGAAGAAACAUCGAGAUGUUUCAGUGAAGCAAAGUCACAGCAACGGAACCGUCCGAUCAGAAAGAAAGGAAAAGAAUCCCGAAAUAAACAACCGCCCGAGUUCAACUUUGGAUGAGGUUCCAUCUGCACAGGAAAGCAAACUUAUGGAUAGUAUCAGCAGUUGCAGUGACAGUGAAGAUGAAAUUAAUAAGGUAUGUCCUAUUGAAAGUAUGGAGAAUGGAAAGACUCAAAGUGAAGACGACAGUCAGUCUAGUAAUGGGCAACCAGCGAAACCUACAGUCGUAGGUGUGAAGCUAGCAGGCCCUGAAGACAUGGACCAUUUAUCUCCCGGAAACGAGCAAUCAGACUCACCCCUAAUUUCACAUGUUUCCCCCGAAAGCGACUCAUCUGGUGAAGCUAUGGACACAGAGGCAUAA